CGCAUCGCCUCUUUUUUUACCUUCGCACUGCUUACUAGAAUCACAAUCUCAGAAAGAGAUCGAAGCGAGUUUGCAAAGAUAUCGUCGGCAAUGGCGGACACCGAGACGUUUGCCUUCCAGGCUGAGAUCAACCAGCUUCUGAGUCUGAUCAUCAACACUUUCUACAGCAACAAGGAGAUCUUUCUCCGUGAACUCAUCAGCAACUCUUCUGAUGCUCUGGAUAAGAUCCGAUUUGAGAGUUUGACUGACAAGAGCAAGCUAGAUGGUCAGCCUGAGCUCUUUAUCCACAUUAUCCCAGACAAGACCAAUAACUCCUUGACUAUCGUUGAUAGUGGUAUUGGUAUGACCAAGGCUGAUCUGGUGAACAACUUGGGGACUAUUGCUAGGUCUGGCACAAAAGAGUUCAUGGAAGCCCUUGCCGCUGGUGCUGAUGUGAGCAUGAUUGGUCAAUUUGGUGUGGGUUUCUACUCUGCUUACUUGGUUGCGGAGAAGGUUAUUGUGACAACAAAGCACAAUGAUGAUGAGCAGUAUGUGUGGGAGUCUCAAGCUGGCGGCUCUUUUACAGUUACCAGGGACACUGCUGGUGAGCCCCUAGGCAGGGGUACCAAAAUCACCCUCUUUCUCAAGGAGGACCAGCUUGAGUACCUUGAAGAGCGCCGUCUCAAGGACUUGGUCAAGAAGCAUUCUGAGUUCAUCAGCUACCCAAUUUCCCUCUGGGAAGAGAAGACCAUUGAGAAGGAAAUCUCUGAUGAUGAGGACGAGGAAGACAAGAAGGAUGAGGAAGGUAAAGUAGAAGAGAUAGAUGAAGAGAAGGAGAAGGAAGAGAAGAAAAAGAAGAAGAUUAAGGAGGUUUCCCAUGAGUGGGCUUUGGUUAACAAGCAAAAGCCAAUCUGGAUGAGGAAGCCUGAGGAGAUCACAAAGGAAGAGUAUGCUGCUUUCUACAAGAGUCUCACUAAUGACUGGGAAGAGCACUUGGCUGUCAAGCACUUCUCAGUUGAGGGGCAGCUUGAGUUCAAGGCUGUUCUCUUUGUCCCGAAGAGGGCUCCUUUUGACCUCUUUGACACAAAGAAGAAGCCAAACAACAUCAAGCUCUAUGUUCGCCGUGUCUUCAUCAUGGACAACUGCGAAGAAUUGAUUCCGGAGUACUUGAGCUUCGUUAAGGGAAUUGUUGAUUCUGAGGACCUCCCACUCAACAUCUCCCGUGAGACCCUUCAGCAAAACAAGAUCCUCAAGGUCAUCCGCAAGAACCUUGUCAAGAAGUGCAUUGAGCUCUUCUUUGAGAUUGCUGAGAACAAGGAGGACUACAACAAGUUCUACGAGGCUUUCUCAAAGAACCUCAAGCUAGGCAUCCACGAGGAUUCCCAGAACAGGACCAAGCUUGCAGAGCUUCUCCGUUACCACUCCACAAAGAGUGGUGAUGAGUUGACCAGCCUGAAGGACUAUGUGACCAGGAUGAAGGAGGGCCAGAAUGACAUCUACUACAUCACCGGUGAGAGCAAGAAGGCUGUAGAGAACUCUCCUUUCCUUGAGAAGCUCAAGAAGAAGGGAUAUGAAGUUCUCUAUAUGGUUGAUGCCAUUGAUGAGUACUCUGUUGGUCAGUUGAAGGAGUUUGAAGGGAAGAAGCUUGUUUCUGCAACCAAGGAAGGCCUGAAGCUUGAAGAGACUGAGGAUGAGAAGAAAAAGAAGGAAGAGCUGAAGGAGAAGUUUGAGGGUCUAUGCAAGGUGAUCAAGGACAUCCUCGGUGACAAGGUGGAGAAGGUUGUUGUCUCUGACCGUGUGGUUGACUCUCCAUGCUGUUUGGUCACCGGGGAGUACGGCUGGACUGCCAACAUGGAGAGGAUCAUGAAGGCCCAAGCUCUGAGGGACGCCAGCAUGGCAGGCUACAUGUCUUCCAAGAAGACAAUGGAGGUGAACCCCGAGAACCCCAUCAUGGAGGAGCUGAGGAAGAGGGCCGAUGCCGACAAGAAUGACAAGUCAGUCAAGGACCUCGUGCUCUUGCUGUUUGAGACUGCUCUCUUGACCUCUGGGUUCACCCUGGAAGAGCCCAACACCUUUGCCAACCGGAUUCACAGGAUGUUGAAGCUCGGCCUGAGCAUUGAUGAAGAUGAUGAAGCCGCGGGUGAUGAUGAGAUGCCAGCCCUGGAGGAGACCGAUGCCGAUGCUGAGGGCAGCAAGAUGGAGGAAGUUGAUUAAGUUUGCCACCCCGAUGCCCGUUUUUCUGUAUUGCUCUAUUUUUUCUCUUUUUGAAGUAGUGUCUUCCCCGUUCCCAUUCUCUUCUCUCUCCCCUAGUUGAGUUUUUGGUUUUUUUAUCAUCAGACUUCGUUUUGUGACAUUUUGAUUGAUAUCUUCCAAGUUCCUGUUAUUUUCCCAUCGUUGGUGUCAAACUCUUUUAUGUCAUACUACAUGAUUUUUGCAAUCGGAAGGGUGUUUAUUUAAGAAAGUGAGAUGUUUGUA